AUGUCGUUAAAAAGAAUCAACAAGGAACUCAGCGAUUUGGGAAGAGAUCCACCUUCACAAUGUUCUGCUGGACCAGUCGGAGAUGAUCUGUAUCACUGGCAAGCAUCAAUCAUGGGACCACCAGAUUCUCCAUAUGCCGGGGGUGUGUUUUUCUUAACCAUUCACUUCCCAACAGACUACCCAUUCAAGCCACCUAAGAUUCAGUUCCAGACCAAGAUCUAUCAUCCAAAUAUCAACUCCAACGGAAAUAUUUGCUUGGAUAUAUUAAAGGAUCAGUGGUCUCCUGCUUUGACAAUUUCUAAGGUUCUACUUUCUAUCUGUUCAUUGUUAACUGAUGCAAAUCCAGAUGAUCCAUUGGUUCCUGAAAUUGCACAUGUUUACAAGACUGAUAGAAAACAGUAUGAGGCCACGGCACGUGAAUGGACGAAGAAGUUUGCUAUUUAG